AUGAAGAGGAAACAGAAGAGGUUUCUGCAAAUGACUUUGUUAUUCACUGUGGCUUUAAUUUUUCUGCCCAACAUUGGUCUUUGGUCUUUGUACAAGGAUAAACACCUGGUGAAAUCUGCAGAACCCGCGGAGCAUCAGACUUUUAAGUUAGGGUUGGGAGAGGGGGAGUGGUAUAGCUGGAUCCUCGGUGUUAGGAAUCGCAAUUGGCAUGUCUAUGAGGAGUUAGAGAAAAGAACCCCAAGAGCAGGGAAAGGUGAACAUGGGAAACCAUACCCCCUUACUGAAGAGGACCAUGAUGACUCAGCUUACAGGGAAAAUGGCUUCAAUAUUUUUGUCAGCAACAAUAUUGCUUUAGAAAGGUCUCUGCCAGACAUCCGCCACGCUAACUGCAAGCACAAGAUGUACCUUGAACGGCUGCCAAACACCAGCAUCAUUAUCCCAUUUCACAACGAAGGCUGGACCUCACUCUUGCGGACCAUACACAGUAUAAUCAACAGAACCCCAGAGAGUCUGAUAGCAGAAAUCAUUCUCGUCGAUGACUUCAGUGAUAGAGAACACUUGAAGGAUAAAUUAGAAGAUUACAUGGCUCGAUUUUCCAAAGUGAGAAUUGUACGCACCAAGAAGAGGGAAGGACUCAUCCGGACCCGACUCCUGGGAGCUUCUGUGGCCAGAGGCGAGGUGCUGACCUUCCUGGACUCCCAUUGUGAGGUCAAUGUGAACUGGCUGCCCCCUCUCCUCAACCAAAUUGCACUAAACCACAAAACCAUCGUGUGUCCCAUGAUCGAUGUCAUUGACCACAAUCACUUUGGGUACGAGGCACAAGCCGGGGAUGCCAUGCGAGGAGCCUUCGACUGGGAGAUGUACUACAAAAGAAUCCCCAUCCCUCCAGAGCUCCAGAGGGCUGAUCCCAGCGACCCUUUUGAGUCUCCUGUUAUGGCUGGAGGUCUCUUUGCAGUGGAUCGAAAGUGGUUUUGGGAACUGGGUGGCUACGACCCAGGCUUAGAAAUCUGGGGCGGAGAGCAGUAUGAAAUCUCUUUUAAGGUUUGGAUGUGUGGAGGAGAAAUGUUUGACGUUCCGUGUUCUAGAGUCGGUCAUAUCUACAGGAAGUACGUCCCGUAUAAAGUUCCAUCUGGGACCAGCCUGGCAAGAAACCUGAAGCGCGUGGCUGAGACCUGGAUGGAUGAAUUCGCUGAGUACAUUUACCAGCGGCGGCCAGAAUACAGGCAUCUCUCCACCGGAGACAUCUCUGCCCAGAAGGAGUUGCGGAAGCGACUCAAGUGCAAAGACUUCAAAUGGUUCAUGGCUGCGGUGGCCUGGGACGUGCCUAAGUACUACCCUCCGGUGGAGCCCCUGCCUGCUGCGUGGGGUGAGAUUCGGAAUGUGGCAGCCAACUUAUGUGUGGAUAGCAAACAUGGAGCCACAGGAACAGAGCUGAGGCUGGACAUCUGUGUCAAGGACGGUUCCGAGAGGACAUGGUCUCAUGAACAGCUCUUUACUUUCGGGUGGAGAGAAGAUAUUCGACCAGGUGAGCCUCUGCACACCCGGAAAUUCUGCCUGGAUGCCAUCUCACACAGCAGCCCUGUCACCCUCUACGACUGUCAUGGCAUGAAAGGGAACCAGCUCUGGGGAUACCGGGAGGACAGAACAUUAUUUCAUCCUGUGAGUAACAGCUGUAUGGACUGCAACCCCGCAGAGAAGAAGAUUUUCAUGGCCAGAUGUGACCCUCUAUCUGAGACUCAGCAAUGGAUUUUUGAACAUAUCAACAUGACUGUUUUAGAAAAAAAUAGCCACUACGCCAUCUCCUAG